AUGUUGGCGGCAGUCUGGAUCGUCGCUUGGGGGUUGAUAUGCGCCGCCGUGUCGGGCUUUGCAGGAUCACCUGACCAGCUCCACGAGCACCAUGAGCAAGUGGCCGAGCUCUUUGCUGGUGGCGAGGAUCGGCACACCAACAACUGGGCCGUUCUCGCUUGCACCUCGAGGUUCUGGUUCAACUACCGCCACAUCGCCAACACACUUGCAAUCUACCGUAGCAUCAAGCGACUCGGCAUCCCCGACUCUAAUAUCAUCUUGAUGCUCGCCGACGAUGUUGCAUGUAACGCGCGCAAUAUCUUCCCUGCCACAGUGUACGCCAACCCCAACCGUCAGCUAGACUUGUACGGUGACAGCGUUGAGGUCGACUACAGCGGCUACGAGGUGACAGUUGAGAACUUCCUUCGCACCCUCACUGGCCGGCUGAACCCCAACGUGGCACCUAAUAAGCGGUUGUUGUCAGAUGCGUCGUCUAACGUGCUCAUCUACCUCACGGGGCAUGGCGGCAAUGAGUUCCUCAAAUUUCAAGACAACGAGGAGCUUUCUGCAUUCGACGUCGCCGACGCUGUGGAGCAGAUGUGGGAGAAACGAAGGUAUAAUCGCCUUCUCUUCAUGAUCGACACGUGUCAGGCCAACACAAUGUACUCGCAGUUUUACUCGCCCAAUAUCAUCGCCACCGGGUCGUCCGCGCUGGGCGAGAACUCGCUUUCCCACGAUAACGACUACGACGUCGGCGUUGCGAUUAUCGACAGCUACACCCACUUCGUACUGGGAUACCUUGAGGGCAUGAACAAGACCUCGCAGUUGAACCUCCAGCAGCUGUUCGACGCAUAUGACUCCACCAUCAUCAGGUCGAAUGCUGGGGUGUCAUCACAUCUGUCCCCAAAGUCGCCGCGGGACAUACUCCUCACUGACUUUUUCGGUGGCGUCGCUCGCGUUGAGGUCACACCCAGCGACUCUCCUGGAGCGGCCAGUGCGACUGGGUGGGAGCCAGACCGGCCCAGCGAGAGGGAGAAUAGACUGCAGCCCAAGCAUCGGCGAUUCAAAGUGUUACACGACCGCCCGCCGCAGGGCGCGGGCCUCGCGCAUCGCACUACCAACACGCAGAUCGUCGGCCUCCUCUGCGGGAUGGGAGUGCUUCUAGGUGCGGCCUCCUUUGUAUACAUGCACAGGCAAUAGCAUAGUAUUAUAUUGAAUGCACCUAUCAUUCUAGAC